AUGUCUUCUAAUUCCGAGUUUUCAUCAGUCGUGUUGUUGAUGUGUUCACUUGUCUGUUGCUGUGUUCAUGCGCAGUUGGAUGAUGCGAUGAGGAAUGAGUUGUUAGCUCUUCACAAUAAGGCAAGACAAUCUGUUCAAAAUGGUCAGCUUGUUGGGCAACCGAUAGCAGUCUCCAUAAAACCACUG